AUGAAAAUUGAGCACAAGAUAGCAUGUUUCUUCGUCAUUUUUGGUACGGUGUAUUUUCUCGAAUCUAUAGGAGGCUUUUAUAUGACAAGUGCCAUCACAUAUAUCGAAAAACAAUUUCAAAUUCCAUCAAAAUUAAGCGGACUGAUGGUGUCAGCGUCUGACUUUGCCUACAUUCCUGUUGUUGUAUUUACGAGCUAUUUUGGUGGAAAGGGAAAUCGAGCUCGUUGGAUUGGAGGAGGUUGCAUGCUGAUCGCCAUCGCGGAUCUCCUCAUCAGCUCCUCCAGCUUUCUGUUCCCAGCGAAGGAAUACUAUCUGAACAAAUCUUCCAUUUCAAACUCCCUAGUCUAUGAAGUGAAUAGGUAA